AUGCAACAAAAUGAAUAAGGAAAAUUGUGGCAAACUAUUCCUAAGGAUUUUGUAUAGCCUAAGGUCAAAUAUGAAGCAACGGUAACAAAAUUAGGGAAAUAGUAACAUUAAAGACAUCUUGUAGUUACUGAGAAACAUAUUUUGUUAUUCAAAUAAAAUGGAAAAUUUGCACAUAAAUUAUUACCUUUAGAUUUUUCAACUAGAUUUGAAAUAUUUCGAGAUGCUCCUAUUUUAAAGUCUAAUGUAUAAACAAAAAAAUCAACUCCAAACACUCCUCAUUCUAAUCGAGUUGAUAUUGUUAAACCAGAGGAUAUUUAAACUUUAGGAGAUAUCUUGCAUAUAAGAUUAUCAAUUGAAUCAUCUGAAAAAUACUGGGAUUUCACUAGUGAUCAAGAAACCCUAAAAACAUUUAGAAAACUAUUUGGUUAAAAAAUAAAUCAGAUGGGAUUUCAUCAUAUGUUUAAAGUGUUCAAGAAGAUUGGCAAAGGCAAUUUUGCAAGUGUGUAUUUAGCAGAGAGAAUAGAAGACGGUUAAUAGAUGGCAAUUAAAGCCUUUUCAAAAAGUGCCGUCUAUGCUGAAGAGAAUGGGAAAGAAGGACUCAUCAAUGAAAUAACCAUAAUGAGAGAAUUGGAUCAUCCAAACAUCAUGAAACUCUAUGAAGUCUAUGAGUCACAGAAUUCAUUAUACAUGGGUCUAGAAUUAUUAUAGGGUGGUUAACUCUAUGAUAUAAUCAAAAAGAAAGUGAUAUUAAACAAUAAAUAAAUAUAAUCUAUAAUGAAGGGACUGUUAGAAGGAUUGGCACAUAUGCAUUCCAAAAACAUAAUGCAUAGAGAUUUGAAACUAGAAAAUAUAUUGUUCAAAGAAUAAAAUGACAUAAAUUCUGUAGUUAUAGCUGAUUUUGGUUUGGCAACAUUUGUGAAUCUUCCAGUCUACUUAUAUUGUAGAUGUGGAACACCUGGUUUUGUAGCACCAGAAGUCAUAAAUAUUACAGAUAUGUCAACUACAUAUGACAGUGUUUGUGAUAUCUACUCUUUAGGAUUGGUGUUCCAUAUACUUUUGACAGGGAAACCAGGAUUCCCAGGAAGAAGUUAUAACACUAUUGUUUAAUAAAAUAAGGAGGCUAAGGUUAAUUUCAAGAGUUCGGUCUUUGAAGUUGUACAACCAUAAGCCUUUGAAUUAUUAAAACAAAUGUUAGAACCUAAUCCCAAAAAUAGAAUUACAGCAAAAUCAGCUAUGAAAUUUGAAUACAUUAAAUUAUGUGAGGGAGUUCAAUAAAACAUCUCAUCUGAAGAAGAUGGCGACAUCGAUGAAGUCGAUGAUAAACCUGAGUUAAAUGCUAGAAUACAAUUAAUCAAUCAACAAGCUGUCAAAUUUGAUAUGCUGAGAAUUAAUCAACUGACUAACUCACCCUUAAAAUCUCCAGUCAUGUAAGCCACCAAUAAAAUGAAAGAAGGCCAAAAUAAAGAUUAACAAAUGAUUAUGAGAACUCCUGUUAUUACAGGUAGAAUUGUUGAAUGCGAAGAAUCUCCCAAUAUGAACUAGUUUGUUUCACCAAGUGUUCAAUUCAAAAAACUCUAAGACAAGUAAAAUUCUUUCUUCAUUGUUAGUCAAUAACAAGCCCCAACCGGAAAUGUUUUGUUAAAGUACACUUAGAAACCAUAACAGCAGUAACAGAAGGACAACGAAGAUGAUAAAAAAGAAUAGUCUAAUAUUGCAAAAUCAGUAAAAGCUGCACUUAGUAAACAUAUCUGA